GUUGGUUUGAAGGUACGACGUGUUGUUGUGUUUUCUCUUUCUUUCCGUGCAGUAAACCCGCAAAUUCGUGUUCGCUCUCAUACUGAAAGAUAAUAACAUGACCGAAAUGUUGUUUACUGACGUCAGUGAAGACUGAUUUAAUCCGUUCACUAAUGGAGGAUGGCUGAUCAUCAGAUCGAUGACCCAAAGAUUGCCUUCACUUACCUGCGGCCCUCCUGUGUCCUGCUGACCAAAGAGCCUACCCUGUCCAAUAUAGAGGCUCUGAACGUCCAUCUGCAUUGUGUUAGCGAUGGAGUCCUCCAGCUGCUUCAGGAUUAUGUCCUCUUCCCUCUCCGCUUUGUCCUCAAGACCCCUGGGGCCAAGCGAGAGGGCGUCGUGCAAGCUGUUAUGGACGCCAUGACCUAUGUUCUGGAAAAGACCUGCAUUCAGAACUGGGAAUCUCUACGUGAACUCUUUUCUGAGCUUUGCCUUUGCCUCAGCUCUCCAAAUGACCCUGGAAAGCCGGCUCCAUCAGCAGAGGAGCUGAAGUUAGCGGUGCUACGAUGUCUGGAUGCUCUCGUGCAUUCCGCAUACGGAGAUGUGGUGUUCAGGAUGUAUGAGCCUGCGAUGCUUCCCGGACUGGGAGCCGCCGUGUCGCUUUUCUUGGCUCUGGCAGAGGAAGAGAAAGCGAGAGGAGUGCAGGCAGCAGCGUUGAAGUGCCUUCUGUCUCUGUUCCUGCAGUGCGAUUGUGAACGAACGCACGUAGAACCAGAUGAAGAGGAAAGAAAUUUGCUUGGAAAUACGCUGGCUUCGUUCCUACCAGGAAUCACUCGAGCUUUGAGUCAUGUGAUUAGUGGAGACCUGAGACAAGGGCACAUGGUUACGGUGAAAGCCAUGAAGGUUUGGUACACCACAGUGGGCCUGGUUAUGGACGACAAACAGCUUCAGAACGACAGCGCCACGAGUGCGGAGUCACCUGUGUUGGGUAGGAUUGGAGAGUUGGUGGUGAAAAGGACUCCUUCUUGGAGCAAAUCCACAUCAAAAAGACUUGUGUUGGCGCUGCAGAAAGUGAUCUCUUACACCACAGCGCACCAACAUUGGAGAGUAAGAUUGGAACUGGUCAAUCUGUCCGAUCGUCUUCUUACUCAGUGCAGCAAAUCUUUAUCUGAAUGCAUCGGUCCUCUUCUAGAGGCUUUGGUUGGUGCCGUCAAUGAUGAGGAACCUCGAGUUAAAGAACGGUGUACGACAGUACUGGCUGAGGUAUCUAGAAGAAACCAAGCUACAGGAGGUCAAGCUUUAACCCACAUCCUGUCUGAAAACUUGCAUAGCUUGGUGUCUUCUCUACCUCGGCUCAUGAGAACAACGGACGACAAGCGCAAGCUCUUUAUCCUCACUGUCCUCCUGGGGUACCUGAAGAUCCUCGGUCCUCAAGUGGAUUUGGUCUUGACGUCAGCAGUUCACCUCCAGCGUAUCUCCAAAGCGUUAAUGCAGGUGCUCGAGUUGGAUGUCACAGACGUCAGGAUCGUAGAGGAAAGAAGUUUUGCGCCGUUAUCCGACUUGGCAACUGAUGCUCCCGACGUACAGCACCAGAGGAAAUACUUCCUUUAUUUUACAGACGACAAGAUCUUCUCAGCGUUGAAGCAGGUAUGCCAGAUGCUGGGUCGUUAUGGAAAUCUUUAUUUACUGGUGGACCAUUUCUUGGAGCUCUACAAGGAGUCGUCGGUUUAUCGCAAACAAGCCGCUCUGGUGCUCAAUGAGGUUAUCAGCGGGGCAGCGGGAGUUGGGAUGGAAGCAGACAUUUUGAGAACAGCUGACCGUUCAGAGACUUCCGGAAUAAGCCACGAGGACCUGAAAAGUGCAAUCGCUUCCAUUAUUGAGGAAUACAUCAGUUUGAAUAACUGGCAUCUCGCCACUGUAGUGGACGACUCGGAUGAUGAACAGCAGGAGAAACGUCAUUCUGCAGUCCCCUCUAUUUUAAGCAGAUCUGACGGGAACGGGCACCAACUCGCACCAACCUUCAGUUCCAAAACUCCAACGCUCCACCAGCUGAACAGCAACAUUUGGCAGAUCUGUAUCCAACUGGAAGGGAUCGGCUCCCUUGCUUUAGCUCUGGGCUCCGAUUUCCACCUGCUUCUGAUGACGGCACUCUACCCAGUGCUGGAGAAGGCGGGAGAUACUUCGCUGCUUGUCAGCCAAUCAGCUCUCAGCACCGUGCAUAAGCUUUGCGUGGCUUGCGAUUAUAGCUCGCCCAAGGAGCUGGUGAUCAGCAAUGCGGACUACCUGCUGAAUGACGUCUCCCUGAACCUGAGCAGACCCAGCGUUCACCCUCAUGCCCCACGAGUCCUCGCCGUCAUGUUCGCCCAUUCGGAUGCUGCUCUGCUGCCCCUAGUGGCCGACGUGGUGCAGGACGUGCUCACGGCCCUGGAUCUGAGCUAUGACCAGAGAUCUCGGCAGUUCUGUACAGUCCUGCAUUCACUAUUGAAGGCUCUGGUGAGGUGGUUUAACGCCAGCACUACAGGCUGCAGGCAGACUUCCACAGCCAGCACACGCACCCCGACUCCGGAGAUGCUGAAUCUUCGCCAGUUUCUCUUGGAUUACAGAAAGCAGAAGGAGCUGGCGGAGGGGAUCGGAGCCGAGGAGGAGGAGGAGUCAAGUGACGCAGAAGCACCUCGGUCGGAAGCGGCUCCUGAGGUAAAAGAGGAAGAGGAGGGGGAGGAGGAAGGCCCUGACGUGAAACCAGAGCUGCCAUUACACGUGUCCAUCGCUAAAGACGUGAUGGAGCGCUGCGUUCACCUGCUGUCUCACCCCAACAUGGGAGUGCGACUGAAGGUGUUGGACAUUGUAGAGCUGUGUGUGUCUGUGCUGUGUGAGACGGAGAAUGAGCUCUUACCCAUGGUGCACCGCUGCUGGCCGGCUCUUCUCCAGCGCCUCACCAAUGACGACCCAGUCGCAGUACCCCAAGCUUUCAGGGUAUUGUGUGUGUUGGGUGAGUCGUGCGGUGACUUCCUGAGGAAGCGAGUGUCUAAAGAGGUCCUGCCCCGACUCACGUUAUCACUUUCACGCCAGGCUGAGACGAGCGCUCGCGCCGGUCCCAUGUACACUCACACACUUGCGUACAAGCUGCAGCUGGCCGUGCUACAGGGACUCGGACCUCUGUGCGUGCGUCUUGAUCUGGUGGACUCGGAUCUGGACCGUAUCUCUGAGUCCUGUCUCCCCUACCUGAGCUGCAGACAGCCAAUCAGAUUACAGGAAGCUGGCCUCAGUGUUUUCCGACACCUGAUGCAGCUGGACCCGGACUCAUGCUGGUUCACCCUGAGCGAGCUGUGCUGUCCCGUAGCGUACGAGCCGCCUCACAUGCUCCUGUCUCCUGUUAAGCUGAGCGGGAUGGGCCGAGCCCGGAACGAAUACACGCACAACGUCUUCACGCUGCUGCAGGAACUCGAGCCGCCCCGGGAAGAGCAAAAUCAUCUCGACAGUGGCGAUUAAAAUUGACUGAAGUUGUAUUCUGACACUGGAGACUCCUUCCUUAAAUGUUCAAUAAACACCUCCUUACGUAAAACAUCACCAUAGCAACAAUCACACGUUUAAAAAUAAAUAAAUAAAUCAGUCCCUGUGAAUGAUCUCUUACUAUAGAAACGAUAGUGUUAAUAUAUAGGACGAGCUCGUUAAUAUAACGACAGCUUCUGACCAAUCAGAAUCCAGAAUUCAACAGCGCCGUGCCAAAAAUAGACUUUAACAUCGGGGGAAUUCUUGAGACAUGCAAAAUUUCCGAAAAGUAGUUUGUAACGAUACUGCUGUCCUAUCACCCUGUGUUAACGUGGCUAGUAACAUGUUUAAUAAUGAAUCCACUGAGAAAAUUAACGACAACCGGUUAUUGUGAGUCGCUGAGCGAUGUUAGCAAUAUUAGCAUUUCCAGGUGCCUUCAGUUUCUCAAAACGGCUAUACAAGAAGACAAGAGUCUAUACAGUGUACUUUGUGUUCACCUGGGAAGCAUUUAGCUGUUAGCUAAAGCCUGGGUGACGAAAGAAAGUAUGUCGUAUGUAUAAAUACUAAUAUUUUGUCCAACUGCAUGUCCAUUUUCUAAUAAACAUGAGUUCUUUGUG